GGUGAAUCUCCAGUAUUAGAUCCGAAUGCGCCGUCGACGUGCAUCGGCGGGCGCGAAGUUGUGGUGGAACGGCGAUGCGUUGUACGAAUGGAGGUGAGCGGGAGGUGCGUUGCGGUGCGUUGUCGGCCGGCGCGGCGGUUGCGGCACGUGCUGCGGCCCGUAAUCGCGCGGUACGCCUCCCCUACGGCCAUGCAGCAGCCGAAAACGGUGCUCCGGGACGGCGUCGUCGUCCAUCCCGACACUAGUAUGCAGGAGCUGGACGGCGCGCGACUGCAGAUCGUCGAGCUGAACGAGGAGGCCGAGACUGCGCGCAGCGAGCGGCGCGAUGACGACGCCGACUCGCUGAGCGACCUAGCCCUCGGUCUACCCGACGACCAGAAAGACGACACGCAGAGCAACGCAAGCCGCGCUAGCGCCGCAGCCAGCAGCUCGGGCAGAGUUCGAGCCGCCCUACGUCCCGGGCCACCACUGCACCACCAUCCACCAGAUUUUCUUGAGAAUCUCCGCGAAACGCAGCGCCAACGUCUACAUAAGGGGGACGUGGGCCCCGCACCGCGCACUCCUCCCCCCCUCCCGCCGAAACCCGCGCGGACCCCCACACUAGUUUGAACACUGGAGAAAAUACUGGAGGAUUCAUCUAUCAAGACAUAACAUUGUCCACGCCCAAUGCACAGCGACCAAGUGCCGAGGACCCUGAUGCAGUUGACCAGAGACGUUGGAAAAACGGCCCUCUUGUCAAACUUGAAGAAAUCGAAAGAAGUGCUACGUGUGGUAUAUAAGACGAAAUGUUUUGAGAAAAAAUUUAUACACCACUGUUCAUGAAUGUAUACUUUAAGAAAAAUAGUUAUUUUAAUGGUAUUAUAUGCCGUGUGUUAUCAGAGCAGGACUGUAUUUUGGUAUGACGUCGUUUACGCACGUUUGUUGCCUGUUGAUAGAUAUUAUUACUUAAUUACUGUUAAUUAUAAUUUAUAGACGUAUUAUGUAAUUUAUCUCAAAAUAUAAGUUAUAUAAGAGUAACGUAGUCUAUAUUUUGUGAAGUACCUACCUGUCUAAACUAGACGUGCGUAGGUAGUGACUAUUUUUAACUGUUUAUAGAUAAUUUCAAUCGAAAUUGUUAAAAAUUAAUAGCUUUAAGUGUAUUUUGUUAUGCGUGCAGUGAUGCUCUACUGUUUGCAUUACAAAAAAAUCUUUAUUAUUGU